CUCUCCCCCAUUUUUGGGGUCUCUCCCCCCCAUUUUUGGGGUCUCUCCCCCCGUUUUUCCCCCCCAGACGUGGAGGAUCUGCUCCGGUUCCUGCGGCCGCUCCACGAGGGCACCUUGGUGCUCGUCGCCUCCUACGACGACCCCGCCACCAAGCUGACGGAGGAGUCUCGUCGGCUGUUCUGGGAGCUGGGCAGCGCCGUGGCCAAAGAUUUGGGGUUCCGGGACAGUUGGGUCUUCGUGGGGGCCAAAGGGGUGCAGGACAGGAGCCCCUUCGAGCAGGUGGGG